AUGCUAAGAAGGUCGGAGAGACAGCUUCUCGGGGCACGUUUUCCUGAACCUGACCAUGUCCGUGAAUGCCGCACUGAACAGGUGUUGGAGAGCAUUUGGAGUCUAAGCUCUGACACUUUAUUAGGAUUUGGAAACAUCUCACCACGCACAGAAGGCGGGAAAAUAUUCUGCAUCAUCUAUGCCUUACUGGGAAUUCCCCUCUUUGGUUUUCUAUUGGCUGGAGUGGGAGAUCAACUAGGGACCAUAUUUGGAAAAGGAAUUGCCAAAGUGGAAGACACAUUUAUUAAGUGGAAUGUCAGUCAGACCAAGAUUCGCAUCAUCUCCACCAUUAUAUUUAUCCUCUUUGGCUGCGUCCUCUUUGUGGCUUUGCCUGCUAUCAUAUUCAAGCACAUAGAAGGCUGGAGUGCCCUGGAUGCCAUUUAUUUUGUGGUUAUCACUUUAACCACCAUUGGAUUUGGUGACUACGUUGCAGGUGGCUCAGACAUUGAGUACCUGGACUUCUAUAAGCCUGUCGUGUGGUUUUGGAUCCUCGUUGGGCUUGCUUACUUUGCUGCUGUCCUGAGCAUGAUUGGAGAUUGGCUCCGAGUAAUAUCUAAAAAGACAAAGGAAGAGGUGGGAGAGUUCAGAGCACAUGCUGCUGAGUGGACAGCCAAUGUCACAGCAGAAUUCAAAGAAACCAGGAGGCGGCUGAGUGUGGAGAUUUACGACAAGUUCCAGCGCGCCACCUCCAUUAAGAGGAAGCUCUCGGCAGAACUGGCUGGGAACCACAAUCAGGAGCUGACUCCCUGUAGGAGGACCCUGUCAGUGAACCACCUGACCAGCGAGAGAGAUGUCUUGCCUCCCUUACUGAAGACUGAGAGUAUCUAUCUGAAUGGUUUGACACCACACUGUGCUGGCGAAGAGAUCGCUGUGAUUGAGAACAUUAAAUAGCCCUCUCUUUGAAGAGCCUUAGGCGUAGCCAUAGGUGAGGACCUCUAUAUGCUCUUUAUGACUGUUGCUGGUAGCAUUUUAAAAAUUGUGCAUGAGCUCAAAAGGGGGAAAAUAGAUACACCCAUCAUGGUCAUCUACCAUCAAGAGAAUUUGGAAUUCUGAGCCAGCACUGUCUUUUUGAUGAUGCUUGUUGAUGGGUCCACGUUCUUUGACCAAUGGAAUGACAAGCGAUGUCUGAUGCCUUUUUGCGCCCAGACUGUUUUUCUCCCCCCUUCCCUAAUGUGCCAUAGGCCUCAGAUUGAGUUAUAAUUGUUUUUGGUAAUAAUGUAGCUUUGAGGGAUCAGUCCUUAACUUUUCAGGGUCUACCUAACUGAGCCUAGACAUGGACCAUUUAUGGAUGACAACAUUUCUUUUUGUAAAUGGCAAGAAAUUCUUAUGCAGCCUUUUACCUAAGAAAUUUUCUGUCAGUGCCUUAUCUUAUGAAGAAACAGAACCUCUCUAGCUAAUGUGUGGUUUCUCCUUCCCUGCCCCCACCCCUAGGCUCACCUCUGCAGUCUUUUACCCCAGGUCUCCCGUUUGAAUACCAUACCUUGCUGGAAAAGUGUGUAAAAAUGACUGAAGUGAUGAUGCCUGAAGAAGGAAAUAGAUGCCAAAUUAGAUGGACA